AUGACUAAACGUGGUGGCAUCUUUGGUCGUGGCUCCAAAAUGGUGGUUCUAUAUCGUAAUCUCAGACAGUGGAAGGAGCUCAGGAGGCCCUUGACGGACAUGCCCCCUAGAUCAGAGGAGGAGCUGGACCCUGUGACGCUCCACAACCAGGCCCUGAUGAACAUGGACAAGACGCCAUCGGAGGGCUUCGAGAAGCUGGCCUUCCUGCUGCAGCAGGUCCCGUUCCCCCCGGUCACCUUCGGGAACCUGCUGCUGCUCUACUGCAAGUAUGAGUAUUUUGACUUGGCGGCCGAUGUCUUGGCUGAAAAUGCCCAUCUCACCUACAAGCUUCUCUCCCCGUACCUGUAUGAGUUUCUGGAUGCCAUGUUGACCUGCCAGACUGCUCCAGAGGAGGCCUUCAGGAAGUUUGAUGACAUGAACGGCAAACUGACAGAACAGCUACGCAAGCUGACCAAACAGGUGCAGGAAGUCAGGCUGGCUCGUGACGAUGAGGGAGUCAAGAAGGCUCUGCAGGAUUACGACUUGAUGCUGGAAAAGUACAUCCCAGUGCUGAUGGCCCAGGCCAAGAUCUACUGGAACAGGGAGAACUACCAGAUGGUGGAGAAGAUUUUCCGCAAGUCGGUGGAGAUCUGCAACGAGCACGACACCUGGAAGCUCAACGUGGCGCACGUGCUCUUUAUGCAGGAGAACAAAUACAAGGAGGCCAUUGGCUUCUACGAGCCAAUCGUCAAGAAGCACUGCGACAAUAUCCUGAAUGUCAGUGCUGUGGUCCUGGCUAACCUGUGUGUGUCUUACAUCAUGACCAGCCAGAAUGAAGAGGCUGAGGAGCUGAUGAGAAAGAUUGAGAAAGAGGAGGAGCAAAUCUCCUAUGAUGAACCAGACAGGAAGGUUUUCCACCUCUGCAUCGUCAACCUGGUCAUCGGGACGCUGUACUGUGUGAAGGGGAACUACGACUUCGGCAUCUCCCGUGUCAUCAAGAGCCUGGAGCCGUACAACAAGAAGCUGGGAACGGACACCUGGUUCUAUGCCAAACGAUGUUUCCUCUCCUUGCUGGAGAACAUGGCCAAACACAUGAUCAUGCUGAGGGACACUGUGGUGCAGGAGUGCAUCCAGUUUCUGGAGCACUGCGAGAUUUAUGGUAAGGAUGAGCCAGCCAUCAUAGAGCAGCCCCUGGAGGAGGACCGCAUUCACAUUGGCAGGAACACGGUCACCUACGAGGCCCGGUUGUUGAAGGCCCUUUUCUAUGAGGUCAUUGGCUGGAACCAGUGACCUCAUCAGACAGAGACGGUGAUGUCACUUCACAGAAUAGCAGGUAGCAACCAGUUCACCUGCCCAGACUGGACAGAAGCUCUGCCUGCUGCCCCUCUCCCGGCCAAUUACAUUUGUCACAGGCUGGCGGCAACUCAAAAUGACUCACAAUGGAGGAGUAGCUGAUGAGCUGAGGUCAGUGGUGUCUUGUAUGCAGUGGUACAGAAGGGGUUACAGUCAGGGUUCGGUGAACCAUCAGGAUUAACUGUAACCCUCUCAUGGAACUAACUCCACUACUGUCAUUGGUUGAAGGUUCGGGGACAAGGCGGAGCCUCCGUCAAUUCUAGGUCAGUGACUUAAUGGCUACCAAUGUCGAAACGAUAAUCUCUAUUUUAGCAGGCUAUCUGACAUCAUCAGAUGCAGUAGUGAUGUCAUCUAAUGGAGUUUUGUGACAUCACCGGCCAAACACGUGACGAUUGGAACCAAAGUGUGCUUGACUUGCGACAAACGCACAAUGAGACCUAUAUGUUGAUUGUAUUUUUUCAACACUGAAAAUAUAUGAUAAUAUACAAGCGCUUUAUUCAUGUUCACAGCGAACGUAUUAUCCAGUGUAGGCGGCCAUUUCAAACAGGACCGAGCUUUAUGUCUCUGGAAAUUAAAAGCAUCUGCCAGCCGCAGAUUGUUUUUGGCCAUUUUUGGACUCAACCACACACACACACACACAUGCAUAUAUACACACACUAUGGGAGCUCAUUAUUUGAAGCUUAGUACAGCUGGGGAGAAGUUCCGGCAGACCGUUAAAUCCCCUGCGUGUUCCAAAAGACGUUACACAACCCUUUAUUACUCACUUUGUUGUGACCAUCAGGGAAAACUAAGGUCGUACGGUUUCACUCCAGCUUCAGAUUAAUUCACACGUUUGUCAGCGUCCGUCCCCGAAGUGACAUGAAGUUCUUAACAAGCCUUGUGGUUCAGCACAGCGGUCUUCUUCUGUCGCAGAAGCCCUCCUCGUGUUUUGUCUUUUGAAGACAUUAGAGGGAGUCGGUUGUAGUUUUAGUAGACGUUAGCGAGGCUUU